GGCCUCUCGACAAGCAUCAAGCGCCAGAUGCGGAUUGAAGCACCACCGGGCCUGCUGUGAUUCUCGUCGAUGUCAUCAGGAUUUGUAAUUGCUGUUUGAGAGUUGCAACUGGCAGUACUUGAGGCAGCGAAUGUUCCCGCACUGCUCGCCAGCCAUCGUGCCCCAACAACUCCACCUCUGCCGGACGCCCAUAUCAUUCAACCAUCCUUAGUUGCUUGUGAGGCUUUUGCGCCACCAUGGAGAAAGAGCAUGCACUCGAGGAGCUGGACGAUCUGGAGGCGGACCUCGACGGCGUCGACCGAGAGGCUUUGAUCAAGCGACUCAAACCCAGCCAUCAGCCCCCCAAGCGCAUUUGCGGCUGGCAAGAAAUCGCCGACCGAAUCUAUGCGACACGGGGACUCUGGUACAUGGUCCUGUCCUCGGCCAGCUUCACGGGGAUGAGUUUGAGCAUGAAAAUACUGUCCAACGGGCCUGAGCCCCUUCCCCUCUUCGAGGCCGUGUUCUUCCGGACCAGUUUGGUCUGGAUUAUGGCCAUUGCGACCCUCUAUUUGAGCAAGGCGCAGUACAUCUUUUCCGGCCCGCCUGGAGUUCGGAUGCUGCUUCUGUUCCGGGGCAUCCUUGGAUUCUCGGGGCUCUCAUGCUCGGUCUACGCGCUCUCCUGCCUCUCCGUUGCCGAAUCCACGGUGUUGGGCUUUAUGUCGCCGUCGUUCACAGGCAUCCUCGCCAUCUACUUUCUCAAGGAGCCCUGGGGGCUCAAAGAUGCAGUAUGUACAAUCCUCUCAUUGGUGGGCGUCAUCUUUGUUGCCCACCCCGAGGCCAUCUUUGGGAAGGCCGACCCGUUCUCGGUGUACGUAGAUGACGACAGCGCCGUCGAUAUGGCCACUGCCGAGACUCCCAGCUCGAGCGGAACUUCGCCAUCUUCCCUUGGUGUCGUCGUCGCCCUGGCGGGCGCGUGCUUCUCUGCGGGCAUCUAUGUGAUCAUCCGCAAAAUCGGCGAUGCGGCCAGCGCCUACCACAUCAUAGCGUACUUUUCGGCGGUCGGAGCCGUAUUCGCUUGCAUCGGCGGGGCGGUGAUGCCAAACGAGCCCUGGAUCCUGCCGCAGCUUCCAACAACCUAUAUGCAUAUCGCCAUCAUCGGCAUCUCUGGAUUUGUUGGGCAGAUCUUCUUUUCGAGCAGUCUGCAGCUGGUGCCGGCCGGUCGUGCGGCCACGAUGAACUACGCCCAAGUUUUGUUUGCGUUCUUGGCCGAUUGGCUGCUGUUCAACGUGCGCCCCGGGUUCUGGAGCAUCAUCGGGACGGCUCUGAUCGGCUCGUGCCUGAUCUUCAUUGCUACUUCCAAGUCUCAAGGCGCUGCCAAGUCCACAGUCGAGAAGAGAACACCCAGUACCUCAGAGCUGUUCCGAUUCCAGAGCUCGUCUUCGCUGUUGUGACGAGCGUAGGCGAAGCAGAGUGGUCUGGCAGGCUAUCGAGCAGACGAAAGACUGCGUUUGAGCAACGGACUGGGGCACAUGAUGAAAGCAAGUCGAAGCCAGCUUGAUGCACCGAUUCAGUGACUUGCAUGAGCACCGCGACACCCGGCUUUUGGGUGAUUGUUUAGUUUAACAUUGACUUGAUGCAUUCACCAAACCAAUAGACUUGGUACAUUGAUCGAA